CAUAUUCGAUUUUUAUAGCACUUCAACAGUCGUCGCAGCAGUGGCGACUCCAAUGCAUGAACUGUCAAAAUUUGCUUUGUAUGCUACACACGACAUUGACAGUCGACGUAAGUAAAGACAAGUGAACAACAGUAGAGAUAGUGAAAACAGCGACAAGAAAUACGUAUUUUUCUUUUGUAAUUGGAAUUGGAUUUGUAGUGCAAAUAAAGAUUUUUAAUAUUGUUUUUAAUGAUAUCAUCGGAAUUGGCACAGAUAACCUAAAAAAUAAUGAUAUUUUCGAGAAAAAAUAGAACUUUUGCUCGGAAAUCAGUGUCAUAAUAACGAAAGUAGCACAAGAGAGAGAUUGUGAAGUAUAAAUUUGGUCGUGAUUUAAUUGGCAAAAAUGUUGCUGAAAAUCACAUUUUUGGUAGCUGUGGGCUUGCAAUUUUGCGUUGGACGCAAACAUCAUUUGGAAGUUGAGGGUGAUGUACGGAGAUAUAUUGCACUUAGCACAUUUGGAUUCUUCGAAGGUGGCACUUUGGAUGUGAAUUUAUACAAUUUCCGUGUCGAUGAUGGGCGCGAAGUUGAAACGUUCGGUUUAACAUUGGACAAAACGAGAAGCGAUGCAAUGAAUCCAUUCAUCGAUAAUCAUCAAGAUAAAUGUAUUCUUGAGGAGCCAGCAUCAAUGCAACACAAUGGACCCAUUGCCUACCUCAACAUGGAUCUUAAAAAUUUACAAGUGACUGUGAAUUGUUCGAAGGACUGGCACAACAUUCAUAUUUACAAAGAUCGAUCGAUUCUAAUAAAAUUGUUGGGAACAAGACGAGACGAAGAUAAUCCCAUGCCGGGAAUGAUGCUCGAAAAUCAACGUCGUAAACGUUCGGUUGAACCAGGCCAACAUGAGGAAGCGGUAAAUGCCAAGUGCAAUCAAAUCAAGAUGCCAAUGACCGUCGCCAAAAUGGAUGGUUUCAGUUAUUACAAUUUCUCGUUUGUGAUGUAUGUUCUAACCGAGCAAGAAGAGGGAUUGUAUAAUUUAUACUUCCAUUCCUGUCCAAACUAUCAACGCGAGUUAUUUGCACUCAAUUUUGAGAUUGAUAUCGAAGAGGCCAACAAAAGUAAUUUCUUAUCGGCUGGUGAGAUGCCAUUGCCCGAGCUUUAUUUCAUGAUGUCACUGAUCUUCUUUUUAUCAGGCUUAUUUUGGUUAUUCCUGUUGAAAAAGAGCACCCACACCGUGUUCCGAAUUCAUUACAUAAUGAGUGUUUUGGUCUUUUUAAAAUCACUUUCGCUAAUGUUCCAUUCGAUCAACUACCAUUACAUCGACAAAGAAGGCGAACACAUUGAAGCGUGGGCCAUUUUAUACUAUGUGACUCAUUUACUCAAGGGAGCCGUACUUUUUAUUACAAUUGUUUUAAUCGGCACCGGUUGGACAUUUAUCAAACAUAUCUUAGCGGAUAAGGAUAAAAAAUUGUUUAUGAUUGUAAUUCCGCUGCAGAUUUUGGCCAAUGUAGCCGAGAUAAUCAUAGAUGAAAGUGAAGAAGGCGAUAUCAAACGUGCCACAUGGACGGAUAUUUUCAUUUUGGUGGAUUUGAUAUGCUGUGGUGCGAUUUUAUUUCCAGUUGUAUGGUCAAUACGACAUUUGCAGGAUGCCUCGUCGACUGAUGGUAAAGCGGCCACCAGCUUGAAGAAAUUGCGAUUAUUCCGACAAUUCUACAUAAUGAUUGUAUGUUACAUCUACUUUACCCGCAUUAUUGUGUACCUGUUGAAAGCAACCGUGCCGUUCCAAUACGUUUGGCUCGAUGAAAUGUUCAAAGAAGCCGCUACUUACAUAUUUUACGCGUUGACUGCAUACAAAUUCCGACCAGUACCAAGUCAUCCAUACUUUGCAGUUGAAAGCGAUGAUGAACAAGAUGAUGAGGUCGAAGUACUGACUGAAAGUGGACUAACACGAGGAUUGCACAACACAAAAGCCAAGAAUCGUAGCUUAGCCACCGUUGUGUCGAUGCCCUUGUCAUCUGCCAAAUCGAAUACGGACGACUUUGACGGAGACGAUGAGGAACGUGAGAAUUUGAUCGGAACUCGUGAGUCAAGCCAUGAAUACGAUUGAAGGCUGCUGUAAAUAAAUUAUGUCAAGUCAAUGCUUAGCCCCUAGUUUUAAAUAAUUUGUGAUCAUGUCACGACUAAGAUGUACAACGUAUAUUUAAUAGUAACUAGACACCAUCCGAUUUUUUUUUCUUCAUAUUUUUUGUAGCAUCCAAAAUUUAAAUAAAACUAGCUGUUAGUUUGGUCGACAAUAGAAAAUAGUUUUUUCCCGAUUUGAAUUCUCUGUCUUUUUCACUAUUUUGUAAAUUGAUGCCUUUGAAUUGAUGCGUUUAUUGCAAUAAAUAAUAAAUAAAUAAUGUGCUAUAAUUCGAAAA